AUGAUCGCGGGGUUCAGCUGUCGCAUUGUCAGGCUGGCAAGAUUCAGCCCGCGCACUUGCACAGCAAAAGCAGCUGCUCAAAGUCCCUUGACCGCACAAGCGCCGCCGAUCACCGCUAGUCGCUUCGCCAACAACUUGCACCAACAGCAGGCCGCUCGGUAUUACAGCAAGCAAAGGAAGACGACGACAGCCAGUGUCCUCAACGACACCGGAAUCAAGAUGGCAGGCAACGACUAUUUCCUUACGCUGUCCUGCCCGGACAAGCCCGGCAUCGUCCAUGCCGUGACCGGCAUGCUCGCCAGCCAGAAGCUCAAUAUCCUGGACUUGCAGCAGUACUCGGACCGCACUUCUGAGAAGUUCUUUAUGAGAGUGCACUUCGGUCACGCCGAGUCGACAGCCAGCAUUGAUGCUCCUUUGAAGGAGCUGGCCGCGGAGCUCAAGACCGACUUCUAUGACGUGAGAUCCGUCAGCGAGAAGCCCAAGGUCCUGAUCAUGGUGUCCAAGAUUGGCCACUGCCUGAACGACUUGCUAUUCCGGGUGAAGAACAACCAGUUGGCCAUUGAGGUGCCGCUGAUCGUGUCCAACCACCCGGAGUACAAGUCGCUAGCCGAGGGCUACGGUAUCGAGUUCCACCACCUCCCGGUCACUAAGGACACCAAGUUGGAGCAGGAGCGCCAGAUCCUGGACCUGAUCAAGCAGCACAACAUUGAGCUCGUCGUUCUGGCCCGCUACAUGCAGGUCCUGAGCCCUGGCUUGUGCGAGGCCAUGAGUGGCAAGAUCAUCAACAUUCACCACAGCUUUCUGCCGUCCUUCAAGGGUGCUAAGCCAUACCACCAGGCUUACGACCGCGGUGUCAAGAUCAUCGGUGCCACGGCCCACUUCGUCACUGCGGACCUAGAUGAGGGCCCGAUCAUCGAGCAGAGGGUCGCGCGUGUCGACCACAGCAUGAGCCCUAAGGAGUUAGUCGAGGAGGGCAGCAACGUCGAGAGUCAGGUUUUGGCUGCCGCUGUCAAGUGGUGGAGUGAGAAGAAGGUCUUCCUAAACGGCCACAAGACGGUUGUUUUCAACUAA